AUGGAUUGCAGUUCGGUGGAUGAUGGCUACUCUUGCUUAAAACGAUGUUAUCCAAAUGAUCCGAUCUGUAUCAGUAAUCAUACCCAAGAGAUAUUAUAUCAGUUCAGAGGUUUACCAUCCACCACAUACAUAAGAUAUCCGAUUGAAGUUUCUCGUGUGCGAGCGCAAAUAGAUAAGCCGUUAUCAGUGGAGUAUAAGAUUGAUAAAGUGAACCAAGAUACAUUUAUGGUACAACAAGAUCGUAAUCUAGGUGUUGUAAAAAUGAUAGCACCUAUCAAGGGGCCAAAAACGAUUGUAGUUAGGUUACAUCUCAAUAUCUAUUCACGGUCUCAUGUACUUCUAACACAUAAUAUUGCUAUCAUAACAAUUUAUGUUUCACAGUAUACUUUUUGA